AUGUUCAUGACAGUAGCGGCGGCCGCCGUUUCAUUUAACUCGAAGUUUCUCGUGUUUCGAAUUCGUUGCUCGGAUUCUAAUCCUAAGCGCGGAUUUGGCUCUAAAAAGGAAGAGAAAGAUGCGGCAUUACCUCAAAGGAAAUCAUCUUCUAAACAGUCUGUUUCUGUACCGAAAAAAGCACCUGGUCUGAAUUCUCAGUUUGAAGGAAAAUCUGGUCGAUCUUUCGAUAUAGACUUUGAGGAACGGCUGGAAACCAUUAGAAGGUCAGCUCUUGAGCAGAAAAAGACAGUUGAAGUUAAAGAAUUUGGUCCAAUAGACUAUGAUGCACCAGUCCAGUCUGAUCAGAAAACAAUUGGUCUUGGUACUAAGGUUGGAGUUGGCAUAGCUGUUGUUGUCUUUGGUUUGGUUUUCGCGCUCGGUGACUUUCUUCCCACGGGAAGUGAUACUCCAACUCAGAACACCGCAGUAGUUAAAAAUAAAAUUUCAGAAGAGGAGAAAGCCACACUUCAGCAAAGACUCAAAGAGUUUGAAACUACUCUUACUGGCACUCCUGAGGAUCAAGCUGCUCUAGAGGGCGCAGCUGUGACACUGACUGAACUAGGAGAGUAUUCACGGGCUGUUACGCUUCUUGAGAAAUUGGCUAAGGAGAGACCAACUGACCCGGAUGUCUUUCGAUUACUUGGAGAAGUAAAUUAUGAACUUCAGAACUAUGAAGGCAGUAUCGCUGCAUACAGAAUUUCUGAAAAGGUUUCUAAAGGCAUUGAUCUUGAAGUAACACGAGGCCUCGUGAAUGCAUAUUUAGCUGCUAAGAAACCAGACGAGGCUGUCAAAUUUCUUCUGGACACUCGUGAACGUCUGAAUACAAGGAAAACAAGCACAGCAGAUAGCGUUACAGCUGAUACUGAACCAAAUCUAGACCCAAUUCAGGUUGAGUUGCUUCUCGGAAAAGCUUAUUCAGACUGGGGACACAUCAGUGACGCUAUAGCUGUUUAUGACCGGCUUAUCACUGAUCAUCCCGAAGACUUCCGAGGUUACUUGGCCAAGGGAAUUCUAUUGAAAGAAAAUGGAAGCAGAGGAGAUGCAGAGAGAAUGUUCAUCCAGGCACGCUUUUUUGCGCCAGACAAAGCUAAGGCCUUUGUGGAUAGAUAUUCCAAACAGUAA